AUGUCAUGUCGUGAGGUUUACUUCCUUAUCGCAGUAGGCAUUCCAUUUGGUUUCCAACAUGAGCAUGUUAGUCUUGGCAGCGGCCUCAGUAAACUCUUUGCACUUUCUAUGCCGUUUGACAUCCAUCCAUCCGUAUUCUCUCAAAACAUACAAACCUUGGGAGCCGGCCGUCAUUUUUUCAGUAGUAGAAACACCCAUACUUUGGGCAAGGGUGUGGAUUGUGACAAGAGUCGACCAUCAAACACCUCGCAACCAUUCGAUCUCCUUUCGAUUUCUGUGAAGUAUUAUGGUAAAAAACGAUGCUCUAAUAUGUAG